GCGGCUCUUGAAUUGUGGGAGAUAAUGUUUGGCAGUUUGAAUGUGCCUCAGAGAGACCCGAGAGCUUGCUGACUUUAAUUCACUUAUCGACCAGGUACUUUAAUAAGACUCAUUUACACUUAGCACAAACUAACAUAUCAAGUAGAUACAUUUAAGUCCAACGAAAGAUGUGGCCAUAUCAAAUUAUGAUACCUGUCGCUGUUUUCUGCAAAGUCUGAAGCCUCUUUAACAUAGACGAUCUUCGAUACCGGUGUCCACUUCAGUCAAAUGCUGCUUUAUUCCCUCAAACCUAACUUAACCUCAGUUUGAGACGUGGGCGAGGGUUUUUACCAAGUACCAUAUUUGCACUACAGUAUUAUUUAUUAUGAAUGGAGUGAGACUACAGUAAUUUAAUGAGUGUUCCCGCGGACACCUGGCUGGAUUUAAUAACAUGGAAGACUUUGAAACCUGACGCAACAACACAGCUCACCACCUGCUAAUAGCUAACUUAGGUAGGUUAGCAAUCUACAACGUAGUGGAAAGUACUUAGACUAAUGUUGCAACCGGUUGCAACCGUGCUGGACAAUCAUACAGCUUAUAUGUUACUCGUUUAGUAGGACCACCUCAUAUUUCCCCUUGUAGCUACGAGCCGCAGAAGACAGGAAGUAACUUCCUUCAAAAUAAAACAUGGGAACCAAAGUAGCUGUCAGCUGCACUGUGUUGUACAUCCUACUGGAUGUGGCUAUCACCACCGUCCUAUACACACAUGGAUCGCAGGUGAGCAUAUUUAAAAAGGAUGCCCUCAACUUUAACAUCCUCCAGUCAGCGUUGGACGUCUGGGGGACUGUCCUGCUCAGAGUCUCCCUCCUGCUGGGAGCCUCCAUAGGGGUGUCGUGGAAUAGAGAAGACGGCCCGCCAAGGGUCGCGAAGCUCACUACCCUCAUCGUCUUCAUCUGUCUGAUCAUCAUCACCUUCACCCUGACCAAGCUGCUGAUGCUGUCUGAGCUGGGGCCUUUGAGCCACCAGCCCUGGAUCCUGAGCUUGAUAUGUUGGACUUGUGCCUCCUCUCUGGGUGUCAUGCUGCUCUGGUGGCUGCUGGGGAAGGAGUCCAACUCUCCGAGCAGUCAUAACACCAGCAGCAGCGGAGGUGGAAGGGGCUCUGAGGACACUGAAAAGCUGGUGGAGGCAGCUGGUGAGGAGGAGGAGGAGCAGGAGGUUGGGUGUGAGAGAAAGAAGAGGAAGGAAGAGGGAAGCCAGGAGAAGGAGACCGGCUCUGGGGCAACACUGGGGCGUCUCCUGACCUACUGCAAAAAGGAUGGUGGAGUGCUGUCUGUAGCCAUCCUCUUCCUCCUCAUCUCUGCUGUGUGUGAGGCCUUCAUUCCUUACUACUAUGGGAAAGCCAUAGACAGUAUUGUGGUUCACCAGAGCAUGGAGUACUUUGCUAAGCCUGUGAUCAUGGUGUCAGCACUGGCCUUAGCCAGCUCACUCGCGAUGGGAGUACGCGGGGGAGUCUUCACCCUGACGUUUGCAAGAUUAAACCUCCGGCUCAGGAACCAUCUCUUCAGAACUCUGAUGAGGCAGGAAAUUGCCUUUUUUGAUGAAAACCAUACAGGUGACAUCAUUUCGCGUCUGUCGGCUGACACCACCCAGGUGAGUGACCUCAUCUCCCAGAAUGUCAACAUCUUCCUGCGGAGCACCAUCAAGGGCGCCGGCUUCUUCAUCUUCAUGUUUGGGAUGUCCUGGAAGCUCACCCUGGUGACCGUCAUGGGAUUCCCUUUCAUCGCCCUCGUCUCUAACCUUUAUGGUGAAUACUACAAGAAAUUAACCAAAGAGGUGCAAACAACCCUUGCGGAGGCCAAUAAAGUAGCAGAAGAAACCAUUUCAGCCAUGAGGACGGUACGGAGCUUUGCCAACGAGCACAGGGAGGCCGACUCCUACUACGGCAAGCUUUUGGUCAUGUUCCAGCUCAACAAAAAACAAGCCCUGGCUUAUGCUUGCUACAUGUGGUCCAGUUGUAUCUCGGAGCUCUCUUUAGAGGUUGCUAUCCUCUACUAUGGCGGCCACCUCGUAGUAACCAAUCAGAUGAGCAGUGGUGCCUUGAUCUCUUUUUUCAUUUACAUGCUGGAAUUGGGAGAGUGUCUUGAGAGUAUAGCAUCGGUGUACACGGGCCUCAUGCAGGGAGUUGGAGCUGCUGAGAAGGUUUUCGAGUACCUGGACAGGGAACCCAAACACCCUGCUGAUGGUACAGAAGCUCCAGACACAUGCACUGGCCUGGUUGAGUUUAAAGAUAUCACGUUUGCCUACCCUACACGCCCUGAGGUUGAUAUUCUCAAGGGAGUGUCAUUUACUCUGCGGCCCGGUGAGGUGACCGCCCUCGUGGGAACUUCAGGCAGUGGAAAGAGCUCCUGUGUGAGCCUGUUGGAAAACUUCUAUCUUCCUCAGCAAGGCCAAGUGCUGCUGGAUGGAAAGCCAGUGCACACCUUCCAGCAUGACUACCUCCACUCCAAGGUCGCUCUGGUGGGCCAGGAGCCUGUGCUGUUUGCCCGGACGGUUGAGGAGAACAUCACCUAUGGCCUGACUGACACCCCAAUGGAGGCCGUGACGCAGGCAGCCACCAAGGCUAAUGCUCACGAUUUUAUCAUCUCCCUCCCUAAAGGCUAUGAGACGAGUGUUGGAGAAAAAGGCACCCAGUUGUCAGGGGGGCAGAAACAGAGGGUGGCUAUUGCCAGAGCUCUUAUCCGUAACCCUCGUGUCCUUAUUUUGGACGAAGCCACCAGUGCCCUGGAUGCAGAAAGUGAACACGUCGUUCAGCAGGCUCUGAACAACAUUAUGCAGGAGCACACGGUGUUGGUGAUCGCCCAUCGGCUCAGCACGGUGGAGAAGGCCAACAACAUCAUCGUGAUCGACAGGGGCCACUUAGCCGAGCAGGGUUCUCACAGUCAGUUGAUGGCCAGCGGGGGGAUUUACAGUAAACUGGUGCAGAGGCAGGUCCUAGGCAUCGAGACGAGGGCGGAGGUCCUCAACCCGUCCGAAAAACUCAGCUGGAAGUCUGACAGUGGAAGGCAGCGGAGACGUCCAAGCAGCAGCAGCGGUGGCAGUGACACUGAGUGCAACAUGCGCUACUGAGAAUGAACUGCAGUAGAAAUGGGAUUGGACUGCUAGAUGUUUUUGUGGGUUUAUGGCAUUUUAGGAUUUUUUGAAAUUGAAACCAUAUGUACUGUAUAAGUUAUUUUGUGGAGAUCACAUCUUCAGUAGUAUAAAGUGUAACCGUUAUCAUGCAAAGAGGAGACAAAAUCCUCAGAAUUGACCUUAGAACAAAACACUUUUAUCCAUUAUUAAGUGAAAAAAAGAGUUGAAUGUAUCAAAAGACGGUCACUAGAAUUAUAACUUGAGGGGCCAUUAUGUUUACUACCAGGAUUUAAGAAUAGGCAGCAAUAUGUUGCUGUUGAUGAGCUUGUUUGUUUAUUCUAUACCUCAUCAUUGCAGUCUAGACAAAUAAAUGACUCGGUUAAUGU